UGCGCAGCCGGGGGAGGUCUCCGGUAGCGCAACGGUUAAUGUUGGUGGAGCUUCUGCUGUAGCUCUUUUUAGGAAAAGGGAGCCAAGCGGCGAGAGGGACAAGAGGGAUGCAGAACUAGGAUAUAGGAAAUUCAAUACAGCAAAGGACUAAUACAAAUAGAAGACAGGGCUUGCGGAUUAAACCAAUAUGGAAGACAGAGAAAUGCACCAGAUUGCACCAGAUCAGUGUCUGAUGUGAAGGCAUAAACCUGAGUUACUGCUCCCGAUUUAAAAAAAAAAAGGCGUGAGAAUGCGGGUGGAAAUAAGCAGGUCCGCAGCGAUUCUGCUGUGUCUUCUGGGCUGUAAUGUCUGGAAAGCAGUAACCAAAACCUUGCAGGAAGACAACGCCGCUAAAGAGGUUACUUUGAAAGUCCAUGUCAGUGAUGCGAGUACCCAUCAGCCAAUAUCUGGAGCCAGUAUUGAAAUUUUUACCAACCAGACCUCCUUCACCUCAGAAACCUCAGGAGCAGAUGGCAACGCUUUCAUCAAAUUUCACUACAGAGUCGGCACCCUGUUGAUCGUCACGGCAACCAAGCAUGGCUACGUGCCGAACUCCUCGCCAUGGAGACCAGAAAAGUUACCUGUUUUCUCAUCUCUGAGCCUUGAUUUACUUCCUGAGAGAUCGGCCACACUAAUGGUGUAUGAAGACCUCGUUCAGAUUGUCUCCGGGUUCCAAGGAACGAGGGUGCAGCCUCGGGUUCAGUUUCAGAGAACGUCCCUCAGCUUGCCUCCAAAUGCCACCUACAGCAACCUCACUGCCUUCCUCACUGCGGCAGACUCCACGUGGGAGGUAGACAGUUUCCCUUAUCUACAGGGAGUUGGUGGGAAUGGGACAGGAAACAACAGGAGGUUUCAGCUGACCCCUAUCACAGCAGUCAGCAUUCGUCUGCUCAGCAGCGAUGGCACUGAGAUCCAAGUCACUGGGCCCAUCGACGUCACUGUGCCCCUCCCAGCCAACAGCAAUCUGAAGGAGAACGACCACAUUCCUGCCUGGAGGUUUGAUUCCAAGCUGGGAGCUUGGCGAAAAAGCAGCCUGGGGUUUGUGCUGAAGGAAGAGGACCAGCUCAUCCUUAAGUAUAUUGCUCCUCAGCUGGGUUACUGGGUAGCGGCCAUGUCUCCCUUAAGUGCAGGUCCUGUGGUGGCGAAGGACAUCAGCACGUAUCACACAGUCUUUCUGCUGGCCAUUCUGGGAGGCAUGGCUGUUAUACUGCUCUUCUUGCUCUGCCUGCUGCUCUAUUACUGCAGGAGGAAAUGCAUAAAACCACAACAGCAUCACAGGAAACUACAGCUCUCUUCGGCUCUGGAGAGCUCAAAGAAAGAUCAGGCUACAUCUAUGUCUCACCUCAACCUGAUCAGCGAGGUGCACAUGGAAAUGGUCUCUUCAAGUGGGGAAGCAGACAUACACACGCCCAUGCUGAAGCCUUCCUUUGAUACAUCAAGGGAUUUCAGUUCCAGAGAGGAAUUAUUGUCCCAGCAUGAAGGCAGGGAUAAAAGCAGGGCAUCUCUCAACAACUUGACGUCUCGUGGAACCUUGAUGAAGGAAUAUCACAAGUCUGUGGAGACCUUUCCUUUAAAAUUGGUCCAUUCCAGUGAUCCCUCAGAAGGAUACGAGUCCCCCGCUCGGGAGGACUAUCACAGGAGCUACAACUCCGUGUCUUCUCAACCACAGCUUGAAAAAAGGGACCAACGUGUCCAGGCAUCUGUAAGCCAUUUAUCAGCAGACAGCAAAAGCAGUAUCCAGGAGACUGCGUACCCAACGCCUUGUACCCCUGACAAGGAACAAAUAAUUGACAGGAGGCCAACAGACUUCUUGAUGUCCAGGUCUGUAGACCACUUGGAAAGGCCGACUUCUUUUCCCCGUCCUGGGCAGCUCAUCUGCUGUAGCUCUGUGGACCAGGUAAACGACAGUGUGUACAGAAAGGUGCUUCCCACCUUGGUCAUUCCUGCUCAUUACAUGAAGCUCCCCGGAGAACAUCCCUACGCUGGUCAGCCCCUGCUCCUCCAGACGGAACAGCAGAGCGAUCUGGAAAAAAUCCAAGCUGACCUUUCUGCCUCCCAUCAGCCCUUGAGCCACCAGUCCUCUGCAACCAUGCAGCUCUCGACUCAGGACGUGUCACAGCGCCACCUUCAGGACACGCAGGAUACAGAAUGGACCCUCCAGUCCGCCACAGUGCCAGAAUCCAUAUCCAUCCCAGCGUCCCUCAGCGAGGCAGGCCUUGUCCAGAUGAAUGGGGAAGACCAGCUCCUGGCGGAAAAGACCCUCAUAGAGCUGCGAGGAGGAAAACCACUCCCUCACCCCAGAGCGUGGUUUGUCUCCUUGGAUGGGCGCUCCAACGCUCACAUCAGACACUCGUACAUAGAUCUGCAGCGCGCCGGGAGAAACGGGAGUAACGACGCAAGCCUGGACUCAGGCGUUGAUAUGAACGAACCAAAAUUUGCGAAAAGGAUGCGAGAAGGAGCAAAGGAAAGAGAAGGCAGAGCGCCCGCUGCCAUGGCCUACACCCAGCUGGUGUACGUGGAUGAAAUCGAGAACGGGACAGGCGCGUGCAGUCCCGAGGACAAUGCGCUAGGGCCCCUGCUGGACGAGACUCCAGGACCGGAAGCGGAUGAGGCGGCGUCACCCAGCCAGCAGCUGGAUACGGUCAACAGGACUGAGCAGGCACAGCCACAGCUGGAGCUGCCCACCAGCCCCCAGGAGGACAGAAGUCCCUGCCCUGAUGACGGCGGGGACGACCAGGACGAGAACAAAAAGAGCCCUUGGCAAAAACGUGAGGAAAGACCGCUUCUGGCCUUUAAUCUCAAAUGAGGAUUUACCGACUCCUGACUGUUGGAGAGAGAAUUGGAUCAGAGCCAAACAUGGCCGAGAAGGAGCUCUUGUGAGAAAUACAAGCUUUCGAAGUUAAAAGCGCUGAACAUUUUAUGCACAAUUGUUAUGCCUUUAAAGAAACCUGAAUUCUAAACAGAAGAAUACUGUAGGCUUUCAGAAUGACUGCUGAAAGAUUAAAGGACAAAUAGCUUUAUAUUUGUGUAAGCAUCAGCCAGAUUGAAUAAUACGAGAUUGCUGGUUUUGACGUUUAUCUGCCCUCUGGUGGCAGCAGCUGGACGUUACAGAACUGGUCUAAACGGUUAAAGCUAAAUUUUAAGGGGUUUUAGUACUGAAACUCUACAAAUGUAAAUGUUCCUUUAAAGAAUGGCUAUGCAUCGCUUUUUUUACAGUAGUAACUUGUUGCUUAAGAUGCCUUUUUGUAAUUUUGACAAGUUCUUCAUAAUUUUAGUUGUAAGCAUUUUACAAGUAUUUUAUUAAGAUACUUUUAUGUCUUUCUUUUCUGGCCAAAUGCAGAAUGAUUUAAAAACAAAAGCCUUUAUCUGAAACCAAACUGUAUUCUGUGUCCAUCGGUCCUCCAGAAUCUACUUCCAUGUUUUCCAAGUGCCUUUUCAGAGUUAGUGUACAAAUACAAAUUCCAGGAACCUUUGCAAUUUGGAAUCCGUUUUCCUUCUUUAAGUAUUUCCGCAGACUAGCCUGUCCUCCAUCAUUGCAUGCAGUAAACUGGCAACUGAGCUGUUAAUUUCUGAUAUUCUUCUGUAGGCUUCUGCCAUUUUCUCAGUAGUAAUGUGGAUUCUGUUUGGCUGUAGGUAGACUAGAACAUGUUUGAAUUAAAUAGCCAAGUUUUAUGUGUGAGUGCGUGUAUGGGUUUGUGAGGGUAGUGGUCCUAAAGACUGUGUACAGUUCUGUAUAGGAGACAACCCCCCUUCCUCCAACAAAUUCUAAAGUGUGAAAGGCACCACAAUGUUUUUCUUUACAAAUUGAAUAGUGCCAGAAUGAGUAUAUUCUAAACGUCUAUACUAGAUGCUUGUGUAACUGAGGCUUAUUAUUCAGAAUAAAGAAGGUGGAUGAAUUGCACCAA